UUGACCCUUAAAACCUCCCACUUUGCCUUUCAGCUGCUUCCAUGUUGAGCAGGUUUGACACGGUCCCUUCUGCAUGAACAAAUGUCAGCACGUCAUGUCAAGGUGUAAAGCUGCCCAGGUAACCGGAGAGAGCAUGUAAUUCAGAGCCCUGUAGCAUGGUACACUUGGAUUACAGCACGGAUCUGGGAUUAAAGAGACAUGAAAUGGAUAACCGACUAUCCAGUGAGAAUGCCCAGUUGUCAGGAACUGUGGGAAAGGAUGCGUGCACUGACUAUAAUGAUAAAGAAAUCCAGCAAAUACGCCCAAAGUACCUUGGACUGGCACUGAGUGCGCAGGAUUCAAGUACCCCACUUCCGUUUGGAGACACCACGUUUACAAUUCCUACACCUGUCAUCCAGGACAAUGGAUCAGCAAUGUCCCCCAGAGAAGUCCAAGGGAAGAACUGGGAGAGAAGUCAUUCCCUUGUGACAUCUGAAAGGAAGAGCAGCAGACCCAGGUACAGAUCGCUGUCUGCCCGAUCCCCACCAUCCUGCUUGGACCAUAAUGGCAAUGAAGACCCCCCCACGGACAGGACAGAUACAUCUGAUGUGGCAGAAGAAGAUGAAGAGAGAACUUCUUGCGGUGAUCUCCAGGGCAAACUUUACAUCAACAGAGUGUUCAACAUGAAUGCAGACAAGAUGUUUGAACUUCUCUUCACCAACUCUCAAUUUAUGCAGAAAUUUGUAAAUGCCCGAAAAAUCACAGAUUUUGUCAUGAAUCCAUGGGAACAAGACACAAGUGGUAACCAGAAAAGGACACUGAAGUAUGUAAUAACCAUCACAACCCCCUGAUCGGCAAGUUUUCAACUGCAACUGAGAAUCAGACCAUGUCCAAGGACAGCCAACCUGGUCAGUACUACCUGGUUGAUGCAGAGGUAACCACACAUGAUGUGCCUUACCAUGACUACUUCUACACACAUAACAGAUACUGCAUUAUUCAGACCUCCAAACGCAAGUGUAGACUCAGAAUUUCAACAGACGUCUGCUACAGGAGGCAGCCAUGGAGUCUGGUGAAGUCCUUCAUCCAGAAGAACUCCUGGAGCGGACUAGAAGACUUCUUCAAGCACUUAGAAUCUGACCUGUUGACCGAGGAGGCUUUACACAACCCCAUCACUGCUGACCCAGGUCAGCCUGGCCUUCGGCGACGGCGCCGAGGUUUCCAUCGGGGGCUUGCCGACCAGUUCAGCAGCUUAUCUCCCAACCUGGAUGGUAAUAUGAGGGAAGGCAACACAGAUGAAGGAAAUAAUUUGGAAAAUAAACCAGCAAAGCGGAAUUGGAAGCUGCCGAAGCUUGUGCUGACCAUGAGUGCUAUCCUGGUUAUCCUAGCUGCCUUAAAUUUGGGUCUGUUUUUUAAACUUCUGGAUGUAGAAGAUAUGGCCCAGAAGGUCCAUUUGUCGAACAGGUUGAGGAUGUCUGAAAAACUGAGUGUCAGUUUGGAUCAGGAGACGAUAGAACAAGAAACAAAACACAAGAGUUCCGCUCAACUUCAGCAGCUGCGUGCAGUGAUCAAUAACUCCAUUGUACUGCUGGAACAGCUGAAAAGUUCACUUGUAGCUAUUCAGAAGCGUUUUGAACUCCACAAUCAGACCGUGAAGUGUGCAAGUGGAAUCUGAACAAACUAUUCAGCAGUGAAAACAGAACUAAAGUACUUGUUUAUAUGGUGCCUUUCCCACCGAGGACAACCCAGAAAAGAUGAUGCACUUAUGCCUAGUUGCAAAUCAAACCUGCAACCUCUGACUCAGGUUAGUGUGCUUCCAAUUUGGAAAGCUGAUAUCCAACUAUACAAAGCACACAUAUUCUGCGUUAAAUGUAAAUUCUACUGAGCCACAACUAACUUACAACUGUAAUGAAUGCUAGGUAAAUUUUCUAGAUUUUAAUUGAUUUAAUAAUCAGUGCUUCGAUAUUCAAUUGUUGCACUUCAAUAUCAAUGUCGGCUGUACUUCACAGCAACUUUAAUUUCCACCUUUUAAUAAUUCCAAGGCUUGUUUGGCUAUGGAUAUUUCUAAACAUCACUACAUCAUUUUCUAGGUGAAGCUUGUACAUAAUUGAAAUUAAUUAAUUUAAUUGCUGAUUAAGUUGGAUUAAAUCCAAUGCAAUUAUGGAAGAGAAUCUAGAUUUUUUUAAAACGGUAGAUUUUGAUGCAUAUUAUCUAACAGAAAAUGUCCUUAAAACUUGAAAUUUUUUUUAUAUAUAUAUAUAAUGAUAAGACGUAGCAUUAAUCGGGGCAAUUUGUCAUACUGUUUACACUUUUGUAAAAUACAGUUAUUGCCCCUGUGUUUGAAUGGACCUGUAAUGAUUUCUAAUGAUGUUUGAGCAUUUGUUCUGCCAUUUCCUGCUGCAGUUUUUUUCCUUUGCUGAGCAGGUAGCAGGAGGAAUUCAACACUUGAUCACUCUAGUGCCUGUGGGAAUGGUAAACAUGAUCAAGGGCUUCUUGGCCAUUACAAUGAUCAAUAAUUUUAACCCUUAGUAGUUUAAAGUCAUGAAAGCUCACUAUGUUCAGAACACUACCUGUAAUGGAAGAAUAAAGUUAAGGAUUUUUCAAGUAACUUGAUUUCAUUAUGUUGGGGUGCAAUAGAACAUAGAACAGUACAACACAGUCCAGGCCCUUGGGCCCACGAUGUUGUGCCAAACUAUAUAAACCUACUCCAUGAUCAAUCUAACCCUUCUCUCCUACACAACACAUAACCCCCCAUUUUUCUUACAUCCAUGUGUCUAUCUAAGAAUCUCUCAAAUGUUCCUAUUGUAUCAGCCUCUACUACCACCACCCCCAGCAGUGCGUUCCAGGCACCCACCACUGUGUGUGUGUGUAAUAAUUUAAAAAAAAAACAACCUUCCUCCACUUGCCUUAAAUGGAUGUCUUCUGGUAUUGGCCAUUGCUGCCCUGGGGAAGAGGUGCUGGCUCUCCACUCUGUCUUUGCCUCUCAUAAUCUUACACACCUCUAUCAAGUCACCUGUCAUCCUCCAUUGCUCCAAAGAGAAAAGCCCCAGCUCACUCAACCUUUCCUCAUAAGACCUGCUCUCUAACCCAGGCAGCAUCCUGGUAAAUCUCAGGAUGCAUUAGGGUUAGGGCAAUUGUCUUACAAGGGAGGGAACGUGCACUUGAGGAAAGAACAUGGUUUGAACUUAAACAAAUCACUAACCACUUGAAUCAGAUCAAAGGAAAGCUAAUCCUCAAUGUGUGUAAUGUACGGGACAAGGAAACAGACCAGAAUUAAAGUUCAAAGAUCUUGACAAUUUUAUAAUCAUGGUUCACCUCUCGUUACCUGGAAUAGUAAUCACUGCUAAUCGAAACGGAAGACAAUAAAAUAAAUCACAGCUAAUGAUCCCUGCCUGCCCUUCUGAUGGGAAAGUCACCAUGGAUCCCCACCCAACUUAACGUUCAGAGCUGGGAACACAAUAAAUCUAAUCAGAGCUACCUCCAUGUAUUUGUGAUGAUUCAUACAGCUGUGUCACUUUAUAAUCUGGUCUAAAACUAAAGGGCAUGGGUUUAAUGUGGGAGGGGAAAGAGUUAAAGGGGAUACGAGGGGCAACUUCUUCCACAGAGACUGUUGGAUAUAUGGAAUGAGCUGCCAAAGGAAGUGGUAGAGGCCAGGACGAUUAAUGCUUGAAAGACAUUUGGACAGGUUCAUGGGUACAAAAAGUUUAAAGGCCCAAACGAAAAGGCAUAUGGGGCUAGCUGAGGAAUGUACCUUAGUUGGCAUGGGUGGGUUGCACCAAAGGGCAUGUAACCAUGCAGUAUUACUCAGCUCCACCUUUGUCCUGUGAGUUUACACCUUCCUCCUCUCCCCAGGAGAGAAAUGAAAGGGAAAAUGCUGUCAUUGGGCAAGGGGCUGAGGGAGUACAUGGCAAGGAGGAUGGUAGUAGAUGGGAACAAUAGGAUGGACAGUGUGUGGAAAGAUAACAUUGCAUUAGAACUAGAAAAUAAUGCAUCACAUAGUUAAAAUGAAGGCAAAAGUUGGAAGAGAAGGUGAAGCGGGAACAAAGCAGGAGGCAGGGGGCCGGUCUGUUGUUAAAUAAAAGAAUGGGGAGAGAAGAAACUGAAACCAGUAGGUGUAGGGGUGGGAAACCUCAGGAUCAGCACAGCACUGGAACCGAGGGGUAGGGGUGGGGGUUUCACUGUUUGGGUGGAAGGUGCUGUGGUUCACAUCGGGCAACACAAACUCCUGUUACAACAGAGAAGGUGGGCACCUGGUGAAGGUACAUUGCAGCUCUUUCUGCAGCCUGGAACUUUCCCCUCUGACCACCUAACCACUUGCAGAAGGAAAUGGUUAACAGAAUCUGCUUCCAGUGUGCACCAUGUGUCACACGUAAACCUUUACCCCAAUAUUGCCCCAGUUCCUGCUAUCAGUCAACUUAAAUCCAUGCCCCACACGUCUGGCAGGGGAAGGAGUUUAUGUACUAGGUGAAUUCCAAACAGGCUAGGGAUCAAUUGGUCUCCUGCUCUUGUUGAGGAGACCCAGGACUGCAGCUGCUGGAGGAACUCAGUGGGUCGGGCAGCAUCUGUGGAGGGAAAUGGACAGUCGAUGUUUCGGGUUGAGAUUCUUCAUCUGGGCUGAGAGAGAGGGGAAGUGGCCAGUGUAAAGAGGUGAGGGGAAGGGGUGAAGCAAGAGCUGGCAGGUGACAAGUGGAGGUGACAGAGGGCUGCAGAUGGUGGGAUCUCAUAGGAGAGGAAGGUGGAGCCUGGAACCAAGUGGGGGUGGGGGGGGGGGGGGAGGUGGGGACCAGUGCAAGGAGGGGGAAAGAAACUGUGAUGGGGAGAACUGGGUAGAUGAGGAGGAGAGAGGAGACAGAGGGGUAGAAGGUUACCUGAAAUCAGAGAAUUCAAUCAACUAGUCACUUGAAUCAGUUUGAAGUAAAACAUUACACACAUCAUAUUGAGGAUAACCUGUAAUGCACUGGACAAGGGAACAGACUAGAAAUUUGCAUCAAGAUCUUUCAAAGUACCUUUUCUUUGCACACUUGCUGCCUGACUCAAGGAGUUUGAGCUAAAACCUCAGACUUCUAUCAUGAUUUGCUUUACCUCCAACCUCCUGCACAUGCACUUAGAACUGUUUUAUACCACAGCUUCUGGUGAAACCAACACUGGACUCAGUUUCCCUCGACACUGCCUUAAUGAGCAGUGCCUGCAUUUACUUCGAUUUGCACAACUAUAAAUAUCUAGUCAAAACUGAGCGUUGGGCAACGGAAGAACACCUGAAAUAGCACAAACUGCCAGGAACACUCAGCAGGUCAGGCAGCAUCUGCAGAGAGAGAACAGUUAACGUUUCGGCUCCGAGAUCCUUCAUACAGACCUGCUGACUCUUCCCAGCAUUUUCUGUCUUUAUAGUCGUGACAACUUUGAACUCAACCCGUGGUGCAUUAAUGAACAAAUGAGUUCUGUUUUCUUCAGAGUUCUCAAAGUCUCUUUUCCCAACAUUUGAAAGGAAUUAACCUUGUUCACUUAGUCUGACUGGAGCAGUACAACUUAGCAGGACGGUUACCUGGACAUUUAUUCCAACACACGUCCUUGAAUGCAGUUCAUCUGAUCAGACCCAGGGUUUCAAAACAGAAGAUUGGUAUUGGUCUAUUAUUGUCACUUGUACUGAGGCAGUGAAAAGCUUGUCUUACAAACCAAUCGUACAGAUCAAUUCAUUACACAGUGCAGUUACACUCGAUCAGCCCAGUAGCAGCCUCAGCAGGUGUACAGAUCGAGCACUGGUUCACAGGUUAGUUGUAUCAGCAGGAUGAACUGAUCAAGUAAUACGAGAUCCUGUCCUUAAAUGACAGUCUGACUU